UCUGUAAUCUAGGUAUAAAAGAGCUGCAUAUUUUCAAAAAAAGAUAAGUAUAGUUUUAGACGAGGAAAUCUAACCAAAGUAUAAUUUUUUUCACAUCCUCAUCCAUUGUCAUUUUUUACAAAAAGUGAAAAAUUGUUCGAUUCGAAAUGAAGUUAUCCUACUUUCUAUUGAUAUUUUUCAUCAAGGCGUAUCAUACACGACAUGCUCCAACUCCAGGAAACGGCAUCAGGAUACCGCUAACAAGAAUACCUCCGACAGCGGAAACACUGAAGUCAGCAUUGUUGGAAUCGUACGAAACAAACAUUCAAUAUGGAAUUCCUCUUGAAAAUUUUGAUAACGUGCUAUAUUACGGACCCGUUUCCUUUGGUACACCGCCGGUGCAGAUGAAUAUCAAUUUUGAUACAGGAUCUUCUUUCUCGUAUCUAUGGGUACUUUCAAAAUUAUGCAACACUUCAACCUGUCCCGUGGGAGACCAUGCUCGAUAUGACCACACCAAUUCAAAAACGUACCGAGAACAAGAAGCAACACCACAAAAUAUCACAUACGUAUCCGGAUGGGCAUAUGGAUUUUGGUCACGUGAUACAAUUACAAUAGAUCAACUAAUGAUUCAAGACCAACGAUUCCUUGAAGCCACAAACAUGGCCGCCGCGGACGCGAAGAAGCCAUACGACGGUAUUAUGGGAUUAGGUUACCACUCCAACAAUCAAUCAGAAAACAUCAUAUCAAAAUUGUGCAAACUAAACGGAAAGAAAGAGAGUAAAUUUUCCUUCUAUUUGACCAACAACGCAUUAGAUACAAAUGGAGGCGAGUUGACGUUAUGUGGCGUGGAUCAGACAAAGUUUAAAGGCGAAUUGAAGUACGUUCUCGAGUACGUGGAGUAUAACGGAAAAGCAUGGACGAUUUAUUUCAGAAAAUUUUCGAUCAGAUACGCUGACAACCGUACCACAGAAGGAUCAGUCACCACAGCUCAAAUUGAUACGGGUACAGCAGCCAUUCUAGGGCCACCAAAUCAAAUCUCCGCCAUAUAUACAGCUGUAAAUGCUGUUAACCUGCAGGUUGAUUGCGAAAACAUCCCCAAGUUUCCAAACAUAACAUUGGUUAUUGAUACCACUGAGUAUAUAAUUACAGGAAAGGACUACACAAUAAAAUUUGCUAACGGAACCUGCCUCAUUGCUUUGCUGCCUCAGAAACGUCAAACCGGUUCUCCUACUGACUGGAUUUUGGGAGAUGUUUUUCUCAGAAAGUACUACACUGUAUUCGACAUGAAAAACCAAAAAAUUGGAUUCGCCGAAAGCAUUCAUAUUUGAAUUUUUGAAAUCACUUUAUUAUUUUCAAUCUCACGUGGUUAUUUAAAAAUAAUAUUUUUGGGGUAAACAUUAUAUUAACUAUAGGUAUAAGUUGGCUUUAUUAAGUAAAUAAAAUAAUUUUUAAUGGCACAUCAAA